CCGACGCCCGGCGUUCACCGGCAGACCUCCAUCGGCGCCGCCUCUCAGCCGCAAACGCCGGACUACGACCUGAACCGACAGAUCAUUUACACGACACUCAUCCGCAAAGAAGGCAGCCUUGGCUUCAGUAUCGCCGGCGGUAUCGGCGGUACGCCCUAUAAGGAGGGCUCGGAAGGCGUGCACGUGUCGAACAUCGUGGAGGGCGGCGCCGCCCAUCGCGACGGCAAACUAUCGGUCGGCGAUCGCGUCCUGUCCAUCAACGGCGCCGACGUCGAGCACCUGACCCACGAGCAGGUGGUGGCGAUGCUGACGGGCGUCGACCGGUUCGUGCGACUGGUUGUGGAGCACGAGGGCUCCGACACGUCGCCCAAGAUGUACGGCAUGGGCCGGCCCUACACCGGACUCUACGCCUCGUCCUACAUGGCUAACCGGCCCUCGUAUACGGGUUCCUAUCGGCGCCCGACCCUGGGAUCAGUGAGCAGUCUCGUGGGCGACGGCACGGACGCCAAGUCGGCGCCCGUGACACCCACCACUGCUCACUCGCCCGGCGCUCGACCCCAGCACUCGAUUUACACGAAACUGCCGGGCCUUCGGAACAACGACGCGGUGGUGAUGGGCGCCCGAUCCAGCGCCACACUACCGGCCAAUCACACCGUCACCACCACUACCAGUGCCAAACGGUUGUCCUCAUCGACGAGCGACGGACCCCUUCUGAGCGUAACCAUCCAGAAGCCGGAGCUCGUGUCCAAAUUUGACUGUCCAUUGGAAGCCCAGUUCCCGGCGGCGCCCACAGGCGUCGGCGUCUUCACCGAAGUGAUCACCAAAACGACGUACACCGAGAACGUGGUGACCAGAGUUACCAAUAAUAUCCUCUCAUUGCCGCCCAUUGAGGAGGUGAGUCUCCCCUCUCAGGCGGCGGCGGUGUCCAACCCCCACCCACCCCCGCUCACCGUAACGCUCAUCAAGUCUGAGGAACGCAACCUCGGACUCAGUAUUAUCGGCGGUUCAGACCAUUCAUGCCAUCCGUUCGGUGGCAGCGAACCCGGGAUUUUCGUAUCGAAAGUCGUAGCCGAUGGUCCCGCGCACCGAACCGGCAAAAUACGGAUCGGCGACCGACUGAUCGCCGUUAACGGCGUCGACGUAUCGAAGGCGACGCAUAACGAGGCGGUCGGCGCCUUAUUACGACCGGCCAAAGAGCUGAUGCUAACCAUCCGACACGAGCCGCUGCCCAUAGGCUGGAAGGAGCUCAUCAUCCAUAAGCUGCCGACGGAGAAGCUGGGAAUGAACGUGAAAGGCGGCGCCACCGGACAGCCGGGCAAUCCCAUGGAUAAGGACGACGAGGGAGUGUUCAUCUCGAAGAUCAACGCGAACGGCGCCGCCGCCCGGGACGGCCGACUCAGGCCAGGCAUGCGGAUCAUCGAAGUGAACGAGACGUCACUGCUGGGCGCCACCCAUCAGGAGUCGGUGCACGCGCUCCGGAACGCCGGCAAUAAGAUUGUGCUACUCGUGUGCGACGGCUACGACACCGCCGACACCCCCCAGAAACGGGUGUCGGGGGUGCCCGAGACGCCGACGCCCACCUCUCCCACCGCUAAGAGUUUUAAGUCAUUCGCGUCGCCCGACAGAGAAGAGGACGACGUGUUUACGGCGACGCCGGCGCCUAAGCAGACGCCACCCGCCGAUAGGGUUGUGAUGAACAACGUGUCCGAGCUCUCGACGAGCGGAAGCGCGCCGUCGAGAGUCGAGCCGGUGGUGAACGAGUCGUCGUCGAGGAGUCGCAUACCGGUGCCGACGAGCAACGCGUUGGCCAACAACGCGGAUAUGCUGUUGACUGAGUCGGAUAGGGAUGUGAACCAAAAGGUGAUAGAAGUGGUGAAAGCGGCCGAACAGCUGAGCAAACAGACAACGAAUCAGACGACGAGUCAGGCCUCCAAAGAGCAGAAGACGACGACAGUUAUCAUGAAGAAGCACAACGUGAAUACGGGUUCGGGUGUCGCCACCACACCGCCCACUAUCACUCCACCCGUUUCCACGCGAGUAACCACUAAGAGUCCGAUCCCUACGAACCCCUCGUCCCGGGCGAGCACACCGGCCCGCGACAGCCCGUCGCCCGGCUCUACCCCCCGGUCGCGGUCGUCGACGCCAAUCAAGACGCGAACCCCGUCUCCCAUACUGAAGAUAUCGCCGCUGAAGGGCUGGGCCCACGACCAGGAGUCGGGCAGCCCUACCAGCCCUAUGCUCGACCCGUACCAGACGUCGAAAAUACCGGGCGCUAAGCCCCCGAAGCCCGACAAACCGCCCAAACCUCGCAGUCUGGCGCUGAUGUCGCAACAGAAGUCGGAUGAGUCGCCCGAAUGGCUGACAUUUAGCGAGAAGAAGCGCCGCUUCGAGCAGGGAUUGCGAUCGUCGACGACAACGACGAUGUCUACCGGCGCUGGCGGCGACGCGACCACCGAAUCCAAGUCGUCGUCGGCGUCGAUGAACACCCGGAAUGAGAGCUAUUCGGAGAGCAAGCGUUUCAGUUACCUGUCGGCCGACGAACUCGAGAGACUGCGCGAAGAGGAGACCAAAAAGUUUGCGUCGCUUUCUGAGGAACAGAUCAAGAGCUUAAUGUCAAUGGCGGAGGAGGACGACGACGACGAGGACGAGACGGGUGAGCUGAUCGACCAGUUUGUGUCGGAACAGACGGCCGAUACGGUGGUCGACGAGGACGGCCGACGGGUGUUCCGAACGGCCAAAUCGGAGCGCCGGUACAGAGAGCGGGUGCGUAAGAUCGGCGGCGGCGUCGACCCGGAGCAGGAGCUCCUGGAGGAGCAGCUCCAGCACAUGACGCCUAACCAGCGCCGCGUCUACGAGGCCGAGAAGAGGCGACUGUGGCGCGAGGCGAGGCUACAGUCCCUCGAAGGCGACCGAUCGCUGAUGAGGGAGAGUAUUGCGAAAGCGAAGGAGGCGUCGGCGGCCGAACACCUGUCCGACGGCUCACCGAAGCUACGGGUCAUCGAUAUCGAUAUCGAUGUCCACAACACGAGUGAUAAAUCCAAUCGAAGCACUGGUAGCAGCGAUGGGGACCGACAGUACAGCCCGGGCAGCGCCGGCACCGCCUCUCCCACGUCACCCCAGCAUAUAAAAUAACAUUAAAUCAAAAUUUUUAAGUUUUUUUCUCGCAUUUUAUAGACAAAAACAAAGUUUUAUUUCAUUUUUAUGCCGCGCUAUACGUAUAGCCGUAUAGCUAUUAUUUAUAAAUUAUUUUUCGCAUACAAUAUAACUAAAAGACUAUUAGUUUUUAAGACUACUUAACGAAAAGCGC